AACUUUAUCAAUAAUACAAUGGAAAAUGAAAGGAGUCGCUUUAAAGCUGGUCCCUCGGGUUAAUGCGACAUCAAAAAAUGGAUGCCUUAAGGAGGUGGACAAUGCAACGAAAAUCAAUUCAAUAUGUGAAAGUGCUCCGAACACAGCAAAGCUUCUGCACUCUUGCAUCUUCCCGAAGAUCCCAACAACUGUCUGUUCACAAUAUUCAUUAUCGCCACAUAAGACUCAUUUCGCGAUGUUUAUGGAAAUGUGUGGAAGUGAGCUGACUGGAAGAAUCAAGUUUAAAUCAGACGAACAAGUCAAAAGUGUAAUAUGCCAAAUCAUUUUUUUCUUGGUCGCUGCUCGAAAGAAGAGUGGAUACUCGCACAAUGACUUCCACAAAAGAAACAUUUUAAUUAAUGAUACGAGAAAGGAGACAAUUUGUUACAAAGUCGAAGGCACGGAGUAUGUUUUGAAGACGAGUGGAGUUUGGGUAACUGUUAUCGAUUACGAGGGAAACACGUUCGAUGAUGAAGGUAACCGAGCAGAUUUCCUCCGUCUGGAUGGAAUCUUCAAUGAUCUGAAGAUGCAAAUGAAGGGAAAAGACGGAAAGCAUGUAUGUAUAAAGUCGAAUUGAAUAGUUAAAAGUUUAAAUUUCCGUUUGCGAAGACGGUUCUGGAUCGAAUCAAGGAAUCGUGUGACAUCGAGGAUUUAUGGAAAAAUCAAGAAUUCAUCCAUACCUUUCUUUUGUAAUAAAGCGCAAAAUUGACU